CGAGAUGUCACGCAUUCACGAUCAGUCGUUCUGCUCCGCCGGACUGGGGUGCGUUGUUCAUCAGUAGGCCGCUUGCAGUGGACACCGCGUGUAUACCCAGCUCUGUACCCAGUGGUUCCGUCGUCGCGCAAUCUUCGAUUGUUUCUCGUUUUUUUUUUUUUUUUCUCUCUCUCGAGAGAGAGUGACCGUUACUCACAGUUCGAUUUUAUUUUUUUAAUUUAUCUGUUCUUUUUUUCCAACCGGCGGCUCCCGAUCGCGUUGUCCUCUAAAACCUUUCCGUUUCUUCGACAUACCGCCGACGGAACGAAAUUCACCCCAUAUCGUGUUCAACUAGACAUGUGACAUGAAGGCUACAGUCAUAAUCAGAACUAUUGUCCUGGCCCUCGUGGUCGACGAGAUCGCUACCGUCUACGCUAAGCACCGAGAAGGCAAAUACAAGGGUACACACUGGUGGGGAAUCGCGAAAGCUGGCGAACCUAACAACUUGGCACCAAUGACCCCGGGCAUGAUGCUCAUGGACACGUCGUCGCUAACGUUGUUGCGCAACAAACAGAGAAGAAUGAUCCGCGAAAAUCCGGGCGUAUUGCAGGCCAUCAGCCGCGGCGUGAACAUGGCGUUGCAAGAGUGCCAGCACCAGUUCCGCAACAGACGUUGGAAUUGUUCGACGAAAAACUUUUUGACCGGCAAAAAUUUGUUUGGGAAAAUUGUCGACAGAGGUUUCAGGGAGACCGCGUUCAUAUACGCGAUCACCAGCGCGGGCGUGACGCACGCGGUGUCCAGGGCGUGCGCGGAGGGCGUGAUCGAGACGUGCACGUGCGACACCACGCACCAACGCCGCGGGCCGUACAUCCAGAACUCGGUGCCCGGCGUCAAGGACUGGGAAUGGGGCGGCUGCUCGGACAACAUCGAUUUCGGGUACAAGUUCGCCAGGCUGUUCGUGGACACGGGCGAGCGCGGUCGCAGCCUCCGCGAGAAGAUGAACCUGCACAACAACGAGGCCGGCCGUAUGCACGUGCAGUCGGAGAUGAAACAGGAAUGCAAGUGUCACGGUAUGUCCGGGUCGUGCACCGUGAAAACGUGCUGGAUGAGGCUGCCCAACUUCCGGUCCAUCGGCGACAACCUCAAGGACCGGUUCGACGGCGCUUCCAGGGUGAUGGUGGGCAACGCAGGUGGACUUAGGCGUCUGAGGCGCAAGGACAACGUGCAGAACAAGCUGCACUACGACAACCAGCAGCAGCAGCAGCAGCAGCCGCAGCAGCAGCAGCAACAGCAACAGCAACAGCAACAACAGCAGCCCGGCGGAAACAGGGGCGGCGGCGGCGGCGGUAGGAGCAGGUACAGCUUCCAGCUGAAGCCGUACAACCCCGAGCUGAAGGCCCCCGGCACCAAGGAUCUGGUGUACCUGGAACCAUCGCCGAACUUCUGCGAUCCUGCGCCCCGUCUGGGCAUACUCGGCACGCACGGCCGCACUUGCAACGAGUCGUCCAUCGGCGUGGACGGUUGCGACCUGAUGUGCUGCGGACGCGGCUACAACACUCACCAGGCCAUGGUGUCCGAGCGCUGCAACUGCACUUUCAUGUGGUGCUGCGAGGUCAAAUGCAGCGUGUGCCAGUACAGGAGGACGAUCAACACGUGCCAGUAGUAAGUGCUAAUGGCGGUUGCGGGAGAGAUGAUGAUUAUAAUAAUAACGGAAACGAGUAGACGAGUAACACAACACACAUUAAUUAUGUUUUCAAACAAACGGUCAUGUACAAUAUGCGAUAUCAUUCCAAUCAUCCAUUCCUAUAUAUAAUAUUAUAACAUCGUACGCAUGUCGUACGAGUCAAUUAUUUCAUUUUUUCAUUUUUUUUUUCCUUUA